GUAAUUUAUCAUCCGUGAAAUCGUUACAAUUUCUCAUAAAAAAAUAAUUUGUUCCACAUAAUGACCACGCCAAUUUUGCUGAUUUUGCUGGUCUCAGCUAGCACAAUUUUUGCGAACCCGCCCCCACUUCCGCUACAAAUCGAUCUCUCUUCCACCUUUGAGCAGGACGCGUCGCCAUCGCCCCAUUUGUUGGCGGGGGUCCGACUCUCGCAGGAUGUGGUGCCCCUCCACUACAAUUUGCAGUUGAGGCCGAUCGUGAAUCUGCCGCUGGAUGAUCCCCAACAAUUCACGGCCCCUGGAGAAGUAACGAUUAGGUUGCAAGUGGUCACUCCCACGAAUAAUGUGACACUUCAUGCCAACGAUAUGGACAUUGAUUUUACAAAUGUUCAGGUGAGAAUAGUCGGGACCAGUAUUUCUAUCCGAGUCCUCACCCACUCAACUAAUCCCACAAUGGCGACGUACACCUUGAUCUUGGAGGAAGAACUCGGCACCGUUUUAAACUAUGAUGUGACAAUUCCCUUCCUGGCCAAAGUUGGGAAUCGCCUAUCCGGCCUGUACCGAAGUUCUUAUCGUAACGAAGCUGGGAAUCAAGUGUGGCUGGCAACCACUCAAUUUCAAAAACCGGGGGCAAGGUUGGCAUUCCCUUGUUUUGAUGAACCCAAUUUCAAGAGCACCUUCAACAUAAGUAUCGGUCGGCCGGAUGGGUAUCAUAGUUUGUCCAAUGCACCCAUUCUAGAGACCGUGCCGAUACCUGGACUGGAAGGCUGGUUUUGGGACCACCACGCCACCACAGUUAGAAUGUCCACGUAUCUUAUCGCCAUCAUUGUGUCGGAUUUUAUUGCUGUCGAAGCCGCCCCAGAGUUGUCCAAUUAUGACGUUAAGGCUUGGGGUCCGCCCACUCUGACAAGUAAUGCAACGGCAGGAUUUGCGGCCACAUCUGCCGCUCAAAUUCUUACUUUUUUCGAAAAUUAUUUGCAAUCGCCUUACCAAUUUUCGAAACUUGACUCAGCCGCAAUUCCAGAUUUUUCGGCGGGAGCCAUGGAAAACUGGGCACUUAACACGUAUCGAUUAAAUUAUCUACUAUUUAUUGAUGGUGAAACUACACAAAAUGAAAAAUGGGGCAUCGCAAGAGUAUUUGCCCAUGAAAUAUCACAUCACUGGUUUGGCGACCUGGUUACUUGUGACUGGUGGAAUGACCUCUGGUUAAAUGAAGGAUUCGCCUCAUACAUGGAACUCCUGGCCGAAAAUGCGACCGGAUUUGACGUCGAGGCUAUGGAUCGCUACCCGUUGGACAAAUUCCAGGUCGCCAUGGCCUACGACGUUGGUCCUAACACCGGCCCUGUGCAUCAUAACGACACCACAAUUGUCAACUCGCAACCAUCCACUAUCAUUUAUCAGAAGGCUGCUUCUCUAAUUAGAAUGAUGCAGGGAUUCUUGUCGGAAGAAACGUUCAUUGCUGGGAUAAGAAAUUAUUUGCGAACACAUGCCUAUUCCAAUACGGUGCAAGACAAUCUUUUCGCUGAACUACAAAACCAAGCCGAAUUAGACGGAACACUGGUUGAUUACACAGUGAAACAAAUCAUGGACACGUGGACGAUAGAAACUGGAUUUCCAAUCGUACAAGUGACCUGGUUCCCGGAUAGCAUCCUGUUUAGACAUGAGAAAUUUAGUUUGAAUCCACCGCCAUGGGAUCCAACCGCCACGCAAGAAGCGGGCGUGUGGUACACUCCGAUAGCUUACACACAGGGAUCCAGCCCAGAUUUCUCGAGUGCAAGUUGGGUUCCCAAAUUUUGGUUUGAACCUGGAACUCAAAACCAAACCAAAAUUUUAGACGUGGCAACAGAUGAAUGGAUUGUUGUCAAUCCGGAUGCGAGAAGCUAUUUCCGAACAAUUUACUGUUCUCACUUUAUUGCCUUACUUAUCACCCAACUUGGUGUGGAUCAUACGGUUAUAUCGUCCAAUACGAGGGGCCAAUUGAUCGAUGACUAUUUCAAAGUAUUUCCCACAAAGGGAUGGGAGAACGCUCAGAUCGAAAAUGCGUUGGAUUUGACGAGAUAUCUCGACAAAGAAGACAACACUGCCGUUUGGAUUGCAGUUUUUAACAACUUGAGACCAAUCAAUCAAUAUCUGGUCGAUGCUCCGUUCUACGACACCUUUAAGACCUACCUCCUCUCGAAAAUCACCCCCGUUUUAGACCGCCUCGGAUGGGAACAAAACAAUGGGGCCGAUACGCCGACGAAAAUCAUACUUCGUUCCCAGCUGUUGGAUUGGGCUUGUUCUCUGGGCUCACCAAACUGUAAUAGCGUCGCUGAAAGUUAUGCUGUCCAACUUGCAUCCGGAGUCGGCGUACCAGCUGAUCUGCAACCGGUCAUAUUUUGUAAGAGCGUCAGCAUUUCGGACUCCCUCAACCUGCCAAACCAAUUCGCAGUUAAACAGUACCUUCUCGAACAGUACCAGGGAGCUACAAGGGCCGAGAGAUUCACCAUUUUUGUCAACGCUUUGGCCUGUGAUUCUACGGAUUAUGUGGAAAUGUGGCUAAACCUGACAACUUCUGGAGCUUCUCCUUUUUCGUCGGAACAUACCACGACCUUUAUUAACAGGCUGGCCGCGAGUCCGCAAAAUAGGGACGUGAUCAUCACUUACUUUACCGACAACCUUGAGCGAAUUAUCAAUACAUUGGGGGAGACUAUUAUAGGCAACGUGGUCUCAACUAUGGCCGGUUAUACUUCUGGAGAGACAGAAAGCGCUCGGAUAAAUAUCUUUAUCAUGCGGGCAUUAGAAGUGGUCACAAAUGGCGCCGUUCGAAACUCUCUGAAUAAUUCGAUCAAUACCUUGAGCACUAAUCGAGCUUGGGUGGCUGACUUUGGCGCCAAGAUUGGGAUAUGGUUGCAGUAAGGUUUUCUGUGAAUGGGCAGAUUUCCAAUUUAUAAACAAACAAAUAAUGUUCUUUGAAGAAACAAAUUGUUGAGUGAUUCAUCACACUAAUAAAUUAAACAGGAAUUAAUUGGA